UGUGUGUGAGAGAGAGAGAGAGCGAGAGUGUGUGUGUGUGAGAGCAAGAGUGUGUGUGUGUGUGUGUGUGUGUGUGUGAGAGAGAGAGAGCGAGAGAGUGUGUGUGUGUGAGUGAGUGAGUGUGUGUGAGAGAGAGAGAGCGAGAGAGAGAGAGAGAGAGAGAGUCUGAUACAUGUAAAUGUUUUGUGAGUUUUAGUAGUUUUGUACACUUGUGUUUGGUUCAGUCACUGCAGGGUGAGUUUGAAUUGUGUUUCUGUUUCAGCAGCUGAACGUUUCGAGUUUUGAAUGGAGAAAAACAAGUUAAUUAUUGUAAUGGGGCUCAUGUGAGAGAGAGACAGAUCAGAUUAACAAAUUCCACAGACAGACAGACAGACAGACAGACAGACAGACAGACGUGGUGUUUGACACAAGAGACGGGUGAGUUUUGCUCUAUAGAAGUGUGUAGAAUGGAAUUGUGCUGUUUGUGUGUUUCUCUUUUGUUCUGUGAGCUGUGUUCAGUUACAUGUAAAUAAUUCUACUGUUUGUGUGUGUGUGUGUGUGUGUGUGUGUGUGUGUGAGUUGCGUGUGUGUGUGUGUGAGAGAGUGUGUGAGUUGCGUGUGUGUGUGUGUGUGUGUGUGUGAGAGAGUGUGUGAGUUGCGUGUGUGUGUGUGAGUUUCGUGUGUGUGUGUGUGUGUGUGAGUUGCGUGAGAGUGUGUGUGUGUGUGUGUGUGAGUGAGUGUGUGUGUGACUGUGUGUGAGUGAGUGUGUGUGUGACUGUGAGUGCGUGCGUGUGUGUGACUGUGUGUUUGUGUGUGUGUGUGUGUGUGUGUGUGUGUGUGACUGUGUGUGAGUGAGUGUGUGUGUGAGUGAGUGUGUGAGUGUGUGUGUGACUGUGUGUGUGUGUGUGUGUGUGUGUGUGUGUGUGUGUGUGUGUUUCUGGCCUUCCAUGUGUGUUCAGUUGACCCCAGAUGCAGGCUGCAGUGCACAUGUUAGUGAGUCAGUAUAAUUAGCAACUGCUGACCGUUUUCUUCUCUUCCUCUUUAUGAUGUUCCUCAUACUUAUUUCUGUGAGGUGAUUGGGUCAUACUCGUGCUCUUGAGGUGAACAAGGUCAACCAGACUCAGACUCAUGACUGCGCUUCACUGGGCACGAACAUAGACAGACGGGACCGGGGGGAUUGGAGAUCGCGACCAGAUCCGAAAUAUUCCUACAAUGGAGGAAAAGACCAAAGAUGAUGAAACGACACACACAGACAGCAGUGACGUCAAACCUGCACCUGAACAGCGCCUGACGGCAUGUUUGAUCACUGCAGCGUUUUUCGGCGCUCUUGGCUCGUCGUUUCUAUAUGGAUACAACCUGUCUGUGGUCAAUGCUCCGGCUACUUACAUCAAGAACUUCUACAACAAGACGUGGAUCAGUCGUUACAACGAGUCAAUAGGGGUUGAGACCGUCACCAUACUGUGGUCCAUCACCGUGUCCAUCUUUGCCAUUGGUGGUCUGGUGGGGGCGCUCACGGUCUCCUUCCUCAUUAAAGUGUUGGGCAGGAAAGGAACUCUUCUGGCCAAUAAUGCUCUGGCACUGAUUGCUGCGCUCCUAUUGGCUCUUGGAGAGAUGGCCGGAUCCUUUGAGAUGCUCAUUAUUGGUCGCUUCAUCAUCGGGAUGGAUUCAGGUGUCUCUCUGAGCGUGUUGCCGAUGUAUCUCGGUGAGAUUUCUCCUCGACAGUUUCGAGGUUCUGUCGGUCAGUUUCAUGCUAUCUUCAUCUGUCUGGGGGUUUUCAUUGGUCAGGUGCUCGGAUUGCCUGAGAUAUUUGGACAGGAAAGCAGAUGGAACUUCCUUUUCGGGUUCUUGGCGGUUCCCGCGCUGCUUCAGUUGUGUGUUCUGCCGUUUCUCCCUGAGAGUCCGAGAUUCCUGCUGAUGGAGCGGCGAGACGAGGUGCGAGCGGAGAGAGCAUUCCAGGCAUUUCUAGGUCGUACAGACGUGUCCCGUGAGAUGGAGGAAGUUCACGCAGAGAGUCGCUGUCAGAACUCACAGCAGACAGCGUCCGUGCUGGAAUUGUUAAGGAACAGAUCGGUUCGCUGGCAGCUCAUCACGGUGAUCGUGGUCAUGAGCUGCUACCAGCUGUGCGGACUCAACGCUAUCUGGUAUUACACUAAUGGGAUCUUUGAGGGAGCUGGAUUCACAAAGUCCCUCAUUCCAUACAUCACACUGAGCACGGGUGGCAUCGAGACGCUGGCAGCCAUCAUAUCUGGUUUAGUGAUUGAGAAAGUCGGUCGGAGGCCGUUAUUAAUAUUUGGUUUCUCAGCAAUGGCUGUUUGCUUCAGUCUGCUGACUGUAUUCCUGCAUUUCCAGGAGCAGUACUCGUGGAUGCCGUAUCUCAGUUUUGUCUCCAUUCUGGCUCUGAUCGCCUCAUUCUGCUCUGGCCCAGGUGGCGUUCCAUUUGUUUUGACGGGUGAGCUGUUUGAACAGUCGUAUCGUCCGGCAGCGUUCAUGAUAGCCGGAACUGUCAACUGGAUCUCAAACU